AUGCUGGGAUUUUGCGCGAGGGUUUGGGGGCUGCUCGGGGUGGUUGCGGUCCUCUCACCACUUGUUGCGGCUCAAAACUCCACCAUAGCGCCAGUAUCAGCAUCGACGUUCUGGCUUGAGGAAACAGGAACACAGUUCUCGGUCAACAUUGCGAAUGACUCGAGUGAUGUGUUCUUGUACUUGUCUAGUCCUGCAUACUCGUGGGUCGGGUUCGGGUUUGGGGAGAAGAUGGAAAAUAGUCUCAUGUUCAUCAUGUAUCCCAAUGCAAAGGGUGACAACGUAACUAUAUCCCCCCGUCUCGGCUCCUCAAACACAGAGCCAUCCUUCACCCCCACCGUAACCCUCGACAUCCUCCCCGGCACCCAAAUCAACGACUCCCAGCUCCUCCUCGCCGCCCGCUGCCGCAACUGCCGCGUCUGGCCCAAUGGCUUCCUCGACACAGCCUCCCAGGCCCAACCCAUCAUCUACGCCUUCGGCCCAGGAAACAGACUGCAAUCCGAUUCCCCACAUGCCCAUCUCAAGCGCCACAUCCGCUACGGCACCUUCACCAUGGACAUGCUGGCCGCUACGGGGACAGGCGGUGUCCCGGCGCAGAGCAAGGCGCAGAAUGGCGUUGCUGUUACGCGGGGCAUGACGAGGGAUUCUGAUGCGAAGAAGCUUGCCCAUGCGGUUGUCGGGUGUGUUGCCUUGUUUGUGCUGUGGCCUCUCAACCUCAUUGUCGCCGGGUUCUUCAAGAAUAUUAGAAUCCAUCGGGGUGUGAGUGUGCUGAUUCUGGUUUGUUUGACCAUUGCGUAUGCGCUGGGGAUCGCGACGAGUGCGCAGUACAACCGCUCAAGAUCCCACACAAGCCCCCACCAAAUCCUCGCAUACAUAUCCCUCCUCCCUCUAACCCUACUCUCCCUCCUCCCCCUCCCCCACCUCUCAACCCUCCACCCCAAACUCCCCUCUCUUCACUCCCCCCUCUCCACCCUCUCCCUAACCACCCUCAUCCUAACCGCCGGUCUGGGCCUCCACCUCGCCAUGCAAUCCCGCCCCAUCAUCCUCGCCUACACCGCCCUCGCCCUCCUCGUCACCACCUUCUGCAUCCUGCUCACCCACUGCAUCCGCAGGCGCGGCUCUGCCUAUUCACGCACUCGCGCGGCUGCUCGAGCACAAUUGCCAGCCUCACAUGGUAGUGACGCAGAGUGGAUGCUGACGAAAAUGGAGUCCGGCAGCGUGAGCUCCGUUUCUACAACGCCAGUUCCACAGGCGUACGCGGGGUAUGGGGAGAGGGGGGGUAGGGGUGCGAGGGGCACGGCUGGUGCGGUGGUGUAUGGUGGUGGUGCCAUGCCCGGGCCGCAAUAUCUUCUGAAUAUGCAUCCUGGGGUGCCGGUGCAGGUUAGUCGGAUGUAA